ACCAAAGAAACGGACACAAAGAGGAGAUCUAGAGAGAGGGGGGAGAGAGAGAGGGAGCUUGAGAGCGAGGCGCAUGGCGCGAGCAACGAGAAACGUGUUGCCAAGUCACUAGCUUACGUGGCACUUGCCACAGUCCUCUCUCUCUCUCUAUAUAUAUAUACAACUAAUAACUCAAUUAAUUUCCAAGUGUACGUAAACCCAGUAUUAACUAUUAUUUCCCUGACGAAUUAACAAAGAAGCUCGAUCGUCCGAGGAGGUACGUACAGCUGGCAGGGAGGUGGUUCCGGUGCUCGCGGUGAGGUACGCCGCCGUACGCCGGCGGAGGAUCCUAAGGAGCCCCCCCGCUCGCCGGCAUGGCGUGGUGGCACAGGGUGCUGUUCCCUGUUAAGAAGGCUUGGGUCGCCGUCUCCGCCAAAGUCAAGGCCGCCGGCAGAAAGGACGGAGGCGGAAUCCUAAAGCUCCACAACGAUGUGGAAACAUGUGGAUACCAAGAUGUACAAGUAAUGUGGGAGAUGAUGCUAAGGAGAUCAGAGAAAGGGCUCACCCUCACUCAUCAUCAUCAUCCAUCAUCAUCAUCAUCAUCAUCAAAGCCAACCAACAAGAAACCCCUUUGGAGGUUAUCAACUUCAUCUAACCGAAGAGCUUCAUGCGGAUCCAUACAACCCCACCAUAACAUAUAACAAGCAAGCGAACCAUGAGGAAAGCUCGAUCAUCAACUAUAGCGCGACAAUGUUUCUGUCUUUUUGGAAAAUAAAGGGGUCCUAAGGAUUGUAGUUUGUAUAGCUUUCCAGUUUUCAUGUGCAUGUAUAUGUAUGUACAAAGGGAGGUUCAAGGAUGUGAGAAAGACCCUUGCGCUUUUAAAAUGCUCAAAGACCUCGAGCAAUCAAAUAGAGCAGAAAUCAGUUGUUCAA